CUGCGGUCGGGGCCGGGCGCGGGGGCGCGGGCCGCGCGGAGAAAGUUGACCUACAGAGACCUGGCGCCGGGAAGCCAUGGGUCUGUCUGCGUCCUCCCCGGCCGCUGCAGCCCAGUCGCCGAGUCCAUCGAAGCAGCACCAGACAGCAUCUCCGUCUUCGGAGUGUCCUAUGCAUCAACAGAAAAUGAGCGGUUGCCCCAUGCACAUGAAGGCUUCUGAGAGCACAGGUGAUGUGCCUGCACAUCAAGACAGAGCCUAUGAAUUCGUGGCCUGCCCGGUGAACUCUGCUGCAGCUCAAGGGAAAGAUGACAUCGAUCCGAGCAAUAUGAUGCCUCCUCCUAAUCAGCAGCCAUCCCCAGAUCAGCCAUUUCCAUUGUCAACUGUUAGAGAAGAAUCUUCCAUUCCUAGAGCACAUUCUGACAAGAAAUGGGUUUACCCAUCAGAGCAGAUGUUCUGGAAUGCUAUGCUAAGGAAAGGGUGGAGGUGGAAAGAUGAUGACAUAACAGGUGAAGACAUGACUAACAUUAUUAAGAUUCACAACCAAAACAACGAGCAAGCGUGGAAGGAGAUUUUAAAGUGGGAAGCUCUUCAUGCUGUGGAGUGUCCAUGUGGGCCAUCACUGAUGCGGUUCGGAGGCAAAGCGAAGGAGUAUUCCCCAAGAGCCAGAAUACGUUCCUGGAUGGGGUACGAGCUCCCCUUCGACAGGCACGACUGGAUCGUUGACCGGUGUGGCAAAGAAGUGCGCUAUGUCAUCGAUUACUACGAUGGUGGAGCAGUAGACAAGAACUACCAGUUCACCAUCCUGGAUGUUCGCCCUGCCUUGGACUCUCUCUCAGCGGUAUGGGACAGAAUGAAGGUAGCUUGGUGGCGGUGGACUUCGUAACUGCUCCUGUGGUGUGUAGUCAAAAAACAAACCAUUUUCCUCCUAGGCUGAGGAUAAGGGAAUGCUAGAACUUGAAACAGAAGUUCACUGCAACUGUCAUUGUUUUCAUCAUCACCC